GUUGGUGUAAGCUGGUGAUCUGGAUUGUUUGUGUUCUCUUGCAGUGCUGAUCCUCCACGCAUAACCAAAGACGUGAUCUGUUUCCACGCAGCUGAUUUCCCUGACGUGGUUCAGCGGCUGCAGCUAGAUCUUUACGAGCCGCCUCUUUCUCAGUGUGUGCAGUGGGUGGACGAUGCUAAACUCAAUCAGCUGAGGCGAGAGGGAAUCCGCUACGCUCGAAUCCAGCUCUACGAUAACGACAUCUACUUCAUCCCUCGCAACGUAGUUCAUCAGUUCAAGAGCGUGUCGGCCGUGUGCAGCCUCGCCUGGCACGUGCGUUUGAAGCAGUACCAUCAGCCGCCCGAAGAAGAGCAGACUCGUGAGGCAGACGAGCUGAAGCAGCACAUCAAGCAGGAGUCGGCUGGAGAGAGCGGCAGAGCUGCAAGCACAGACUGCAGACCGGUACCGGAGCCGUUCUGCGUAACACAAAUAAAGAUGGAGCGGGCGGAGCAGCUCGCUGACAGACCACCCAAGCCUCCUCCUGGAAGUAGCAGCUCGACUCCGCCUCUUGUCUCUUCUGACGGCCGACCCAAAGCGCACCACGCGGCAGAAUGUCCGAGCGCUUUGUCACGCACCUCGACAGCCGGUCCACACACACCCAAACACACUCACACACCAGCACCAACCAAGCACUCGCACACAUCAACACCAACCAAACACACACACACCUCCGCAUCCAGAUAUCUCCAUUCUUCCUCUGUCCACAAAUCAGGCCACACGCCCUCAACACCAACUAAACUCAGUCAUUCUGCCAACACAACCAAACCAACACAAGUGGCUAAUAUAACCAAACCAACACACCUUACUAAUCGAACCAAACUCACACAACCUACUAACGCAACCAAACCCACACAACUGGCUACCAUAACCAAGCCCAUGCUACCGACUAACACAACCAAACACAAACACUCCUCCACACUAAUAACCAAACCUGGCCCUAAACUGAGCUCUGGACUGUCAAUCAGCUGGACUGCUCCGCCCCUGACCCAGGCCACGCCCCCUCUGAGGCCGGACCGCACCCCAGACUCUCUGCACCCAAAGGCGGUCCGAGCUCACCCGCAUGAACCACACAAAGACUUUUUAUACUGAUUUGUACAGAACGGUUUUUAAACGGCGCUUCAUUCAAUCACUUUAUUUCUACUGUCUACCGGUUUUUCU